AUGCCGCCUACUGCACAGGCGCAUGCGCAGCCCAUCGCGCCCGUCUCAGCAGGCGGUCCGGUGAAUCGUCCACGGCCGCCUCCGCCCGCGAAUCCUGCGGGUACGACACAAGUAAUGAAUGGCCCCCCAGUACGGCCAGCCGGUGGUGCGGCUCCGCGGAGUAUGGUGCCCGCUUCGGGUCCAUCGCGCCCGCCCCUGGCCGCUGGACGUCCCCCGCCGCUGGGCUCUCUGGGUAGUGGGCCUGGCGUGGCACCGCAAUCAGGUGCGCCCGGAACGACACCACGCCCGCCGGGAGCUGGCGCGGCGACACCGGCUACCAAGGCGCUCCCCGAUCUGGCGCCACUACAGGUCCAGGAUCUCUCGGACACAUCUGCCUCAUCAACGCCCCUAUCACCACCGAACCUCCCGCGUGAUCGUUUUUCCCACAUUCAUCCAAAGAUCCCAGGCCCACUGGCUAAUUCAGUGAGUUCGCCCAAAGAGACGCCGUCGGUGCCACACAGCUUGUCGACCAUGGCAGGCCGCCAAUCAUCGCCCGAAUCUCCGAACGGCUCUGUCCUGUCGCCAGGAGACAAUGAGCUGCAUCUGGACCACAGCCACUUGCAGCCAGGCGAGACCGUUUCUCUACUGAGUCAUGCCAAGACCCUCCGCAUGUAUCGCGAGAACGCUAUGAAGACGAACGACCCAACUUUGCAGUACGAACUAGCUGUAUUCAUGCUGGAUGUUGGCCGUACUCUCGAAAUGACGGAGCCUAUGUCUGAAGACCACGACCCGAUGGCCGAGCGCGACGAGCUAAUCAAGGAGUCGGUCUCCAUUUUGCGUCGCCUCGCCGACCGAGGCCAUGUGGAGAGCGAGUACCUGGUCGGCGACUGUAUGAUGAAUGGCUUUGGCACGGCGCGUGGGCGUCCCGACUUUGGUCUGGCGUACGCUUACUUUUCACAAGCAGGCAAGCGCGGUCAUCCCGAUGCUGCGUACCGUACGGGCACCUGUUACGAAAAGGGCUGGGGCUGUCGACGCGAUGCGAGCAAGGCGGUGCAGUUUUACCGCACGGCUGCGACUCGUGGACACCCUGGUGCGCAGUACCGCCUGGGCACCGCCGAACUGAACGGCGAGCUCGGUCUGAAGCGCAGUGCGCGCGAGGGCGUCAAGUGGCUGAAGCGCAGUGCCGAGCAUGCGACGCCCGAGUUCCCCCAUGCCCUGCACGAGUUGGCCUUGCUGCACGAAAAAGGUGUGCACAAUGUGCUCUUCCCCGACCACGAGUACAGCUGUGACCUGCUCGCUAAAGCCGUCGAGAUGGGCUAUGCGCCUAGUGCAUACAAGCUGGGCGUGAACUACGAAUAUGGGCGUAUGGGCUGUCCCCAGGACAGCGGCCUGAGCAUCCACAUGUACAACAUUGCCGCACAGCAGAACCACAAGGAGGCCUGCUUUGCGCUCACCGCGUGGUAUCUUGUGGGCGCGCCUGGCAUCCUGCCACAGAGCGACACCGAGGCCUUUUUGUGGGCCAAGCGUGCCGCCGAGCAGGGCCUGGGCAAGGCCGAGUACGCCUGUGGUUACUUUGCUGAGAAUGGCAUCGGCACACCCAAGGACCUCCCUGAGGCCAAGGGCUGGUACCAGCGCGCGCUCGAGCAUGGCGACUCGCGCGCUAGUGCGCGCCUGUCGUCGCUCUCGGGCUACAGCGCGAAGCAGGUCGUGGACGAGGAGGCGGUACGGCCAAAAAAUGAAUUGAGCGCUGUGCCCGUGCAGCCGCUCAGUGCUCCAUUCCCCGGUGCUGCACCCGUGCGCUCGCUGCAAUCCCUGGGCGUGCUCAAGUUCCCCACGCCAAAGGACAUGCGCGAGACUCAGGCGCACCAGCGCGACUUGAUGUACCAGGUACUCUUGGAGCGCGAGCAGAUCAAGUCCAAUCCGUCGUCACCGCACAAUAGUGGCUUUUUCGGCCCAGGCGGUUUCGCAGCACGCCCUGCGCGCCCCUACGUCCCAUCCCAGGUGCCGAAGCCAGAGGGCAAGGCCAUUAGCAUGAUUGCUGCUGGGCCGCGCGCAGGCUUUCCCAAGCCGCCGACGCCAGAACCCGAGCCGGAACCCGAGCCCGAGCCCGAGCCCGAGCCCGACGCGCAGGCCGAGGCUGGGAAGAAACGCCUGCUUGGUCGUCUUUUCAAGGGCAAGAAGGGCAAGAAGGGCGCCGAAGGGCUCGGAGAGGCAGGCGCCGAGGGCGAAGCGGAAGACGACGGCGGCGAUGCCACAGAACAUGGCCCCAAGGAGGACGGGCCUGUUGCCAUUGGCAGUCCCUUGCCUGAGGACGCCCGCCCGAACGAGCCCCCUACCCGUCCGGAUGCGGCAGGCGAUGACCCUGUCACCGCGCCCCCAGCAGGCCCGCCCGAGACUCAAGAGGCCGACAAGGACUCUGCGUCCCCCACGCCGAAUCCGAGCAAAGGCAAGAUCUUGGGCCUAUUCAACCGUAAAAACGACAAGAAGGAGGCCAAGGCAGCCGAAGCAGCAGCGGCUGCAGCCACGGCGGAGGAGGACGCCAAAGCCAAGGACGCCCCGGCCAAGGAAGGCGCGAAGGCAGAGGAUCCCACGGUCAAGCCGGGUCUGGGUGCCGGGCCUGCUCCGCCGGGCCCACCGGGUGAAUCUCGUGCGCCUGGCGACGCGUCCUCGCCUAAGGAGCUCUCGAUCAUUCCCGCACGCUCGCCUCAGCCAGGCCGUCCACCUGUGCUACAGCCGUCACCGGCGCCCAACUCGCCUACGAACUUGUCUGCACGACCUGGACCCGGUCCUGUGAGCCCCGACGAGUCCAAGGCGCUCGCUUUGGCCGGUCCGCGCCCGCCCGCCAUGGGUCGCCCACCGCCUCUGGGCCCUUCCGGCACGCCGCCACCGCGCUCACCACCUCCCGACGGCCUGGCCGGAUUUGCACCAGGACGACCUAUGAUGCUGCCCAAUUCGCGACCACCGCCGCGUCCAGACCAGGCCCAGCGCCGGCAGGUCCUCCAGACAGGCCUCCUGUGCGACCUACGGGCCAUGGACCUGGUCACUCUCCGCAAGUGCCUGGACGGCCGCCCAGCCGGCCCCCGGGUGCAGGUCCUGGGCCGUUCUCCGGUGCGGGUCCUGCAAGUCCUCCGGGGCCUGGCCCCGCGUCGCCUCACGGCGCGGGCCCUGCACGUCCUUUCGGACCAGGACCUGCGCGUCCUCCGGGAUCAGGUCCUGCAUCGCCUCCCGGUGCGAGUCCUGCACGUCCUUUCGGACCAAGUCCUGCACGUCCUCCGGGAUCAGGUCCCGCACGUCCUCCGGGAUCAGGUCCUGCAUCGCCUCCCGGCGCAGGCCCUGUUCGUCCUUUCGGACCAGGUCCUGCUCGUCCUCCAGGUCCCGGUCCUGCGAUGCCUCCCGGUGCAGGCCCUGCGCGACCUUCAGGUCCAGGUCCCUUCCAGUCGCAAACCCGGCCACCCCGUGGGCCGUAGUCCAAUGGCAGCAGGCGUGGCGCCGAAUCAACCCCCUGGUGUGCAGUCUCGUAUGACGCCUGCGUCUGCGCCUCAGAGUUUGCAGGUGCCUGGUAUGCCACCCAAGCAUCCUUCGCAAAACUCCCUGGCGGCCAGCAGCUCGUAUGCAUCGCUACCGCCAAGCAUGUCGGCUAGCAGCUCCUUCGUGUCACUGCCGCCCAGUGGCUCGACGGCCAACCUUGCGUCCGCUGGCCCGCCCCCGGGCAUGCGCACGUCGCCCGCAGGUGGUCGACCUGGCAUGCCGCCGCAGGGUGGCCCACAGGUGCGUCCGCCUGGUGGUCCGCCCGGACCGCCGCGCCAGCCGUUCGGCAUGGGGGCCGCACCGGGAGCUGGGCCGCCCGGUCGCCCGCCGGCUAUGACCAACUCUACGGGCCCAGUCCGACCGCCUGGACCGCCUGGUUCACCUGGCCACGCGACGAGGAACUAUGGUCCGCGCGAGACUGGCUCGAAUGCGAGCACACCCAACUCGAUUGCUACCGACGAAUUGUGGAUGGACGCGGCGGAUGAUGGACCCACGCAUAGCGGGGUGGCCAGGCCGCCCAGGGAUGUACCGGAUCUGGCCCUCCCUGCCGCUGAGGGCGAAGCACAGCCUCGCAAAAAGUGGUUCGGUUUCAUGUAG